AUCGGCGGUUGGCAGCUCUCUGUGGUCUCACAGCUGUGUUCCUGCACUGCUCUUCCACGCUGCUCAGGAGAGAGCGAAAUGAAUGCCUUCCCCGCUUCUUUACUCUGUACCACGCCCUCCACAUAUUCAUCCCGUGCGGAAUUGCAUCAGGAAAAUGGGUCUCUUCACUGUGUAGUGUGAAUCUUGUUGGUUUCAGAUGCAGAGGAAUAUGCUUUUCUUGACUGGCCUCUUUUAUUCGUUUAUCGCGGCUUUACAUGGAAAAUGGAGUUAGAGCUAUGGGAAUUACUAACCAAGGGGAUGUAAAAGAUCCCCCUGCCGUGGGCAGGGACACAUCCCCCUGGUCUAGUGGAAUGUGUCCCUGCCUAUUGCAGGGAGGUUGGAACUAGAUUGUCUUUAAGGUCCCUUCCAACCCACUCCAUGAUUCUAUGAUUCUAAAAGCAAGUUGCAUUGUGAUGUGGGAGGUCUGUGUCCCCAUUCUGCAGAGAAUAUUUAAAGAAAUACUUUGCCAGGAUACAGCCAGGAGGUGUAGAGCAAAGACUGGGAGGUAGCUGGGUACCUGCAUGAUGGUGGGGCGCUUCAAUAAUCUCCCCCUACAGCACAAAAGGCACAAAAAAGAAAAAAAAAAAAAAGGAUACAAGAAAAGAAAAGAAGGUGAAGGUUAUUCAGAAUCAAUUCUCAUGUCAGCAGAAAGCUCAACCGUCACGGUCCGUCUUGUUCGCUCAUUUGAACAUCGGAACUUCAGACCUGUCGUGUAUCAUGAAGUUAACUUGGAUCAGACAGUAAAGCAGUUCAUUAAUUUUGUGCGGAAGGAUGUGCCUUCAAGAACAGGGCUUCCUCCUCCUUUUAGAAAUUACAAGUAUGAUACAAUGAAGAUUAUUCACCAAGCACACAAAUCUAAGACUGGUGAACUUGUAGUGAGUUUGGAAGAUGAUGACAAACUGAUUUUGAAAGAAGACAGUACACUGAAAGCAGCUGGAGUAGCAAAUGAGACCGAAUUAGCAUUCUUCUGUGAGGAAGAUUACAGAAACUACAAAGCUAAUCCUGUUUCAGCCUGGUGAAGAUCCCAAGAGAUUGUUUUGUUUUCCCAUACCUGUUGUAAAUUUUCUUUAUUCUGCUUAAUGAGAUUUUUCUUAAAGAUCAAUAAAUCCUAGAGGAUUGCUUUGCAAACAGUGUGA